CUGGCCGCCGCCGCCGCUGCCUGGCCCGGGUGCGAGCCCUCCUCGGACCCUGCGGGUGGCUGCCACCAGCCGUCGGCCCCAGACAGUGCCACCUGUGUGGACCUGCAGCUCAGCACCUGCCGGGACGCGGCCUAUAGCCAGACGGCCUUCCCCACGCCGCUGGAGCACCGGACGCGGGAGGCGGUGGAGGCCAGCUCCGAGUACAUCCUCCUGAGCGUGCUGCACCACCUGCUGGAGGGCCAGUGCAACCCGGACCUGCGGCUGCUGGGCUGCGCCGUGCUGGCGCCGCGCUGCGAGGGCGGCCGGGCGCGCAGGCCCUGCCGGCGCGUCUGCCAGGCCCUGCGGGAGGCCUGCCAGCCCGCCUUCGACGCCAUCGACAUGGCCUGGCCCUACUUCCUGGACUGCGGCCGCUACUUCUCGGGCGAGGAGGAGGGCUGCCACGACCCGCUGGAGAAGCUGAGAGGAGGCCUGGACGCGGAGGACGCGCCGCACCCCUCGGGCCUGCCCGCGACCUUCAUUGACUUCGCGCACCACUCCUACGCCCAGAUGGUGCGCGUGCUGAAGCGGACGGCCGCCCGCUGCCCCCACAUCGCCCGGACCUACAGCAUCGGCCGCAGCUUCGACGGCAAGGACCUGCUGGUCAUCGAGCUCUCGGCGCGCCCCGGCCAGCACGAGCUGAUGGAGCCUGAGGUGAAGCUCAUCGGCAACAUCCACGGCAACGAGGUGGCGGGCCGGGAGAUGCUCAUCUACCUGGCCCAGUACCUGUGCUCCGAGUACCUGCUGGGCAGCCCCCGCGUCCAGCGCCUGCUCAACACCACCCGCCUGCACCUGCUGCCCUCCAUGAACCCCGACGGCUACGAGGUGGCAGCCGCCGAGGGUGCCGGCUACAACGGCUGGACGAGCGGGAGGCAGAACACGCAGAACCUGGACCUGAACCGCAACUUCCCCGACCUGACCUCCGAGUUCUACCGCCUGGCCGCGUCCCGCGGCACGCGCACCGACCACAUCGCCAUCCCGCAGCACUACUGGUGGGGUAAGGUGGCCCCGGAGACGAAGGCCAUCAUGAAGUGGAUGCGCACCAUCCCCUUCGUGCUCUCGGCCAGCCUGCACGGGGGCGACCUGGUGGUGUCCUACCCCUUCGACUUCUCCCAGCACCCCCACGAGGAGAAGAUGUUCUCCCCCACGCCUGACGAGAAGAUGUUCAAGUUGCUGGCCAGGGCCUACGCCGACGUGCACCCCAUGAUGAUGGACAGGUCGGAGAACAGGUGCGGGGGCAACUUCCUGAAAAGGGGCAGCAUCAUCAACGGCGCGGACUGGUACAGCUUCACCGGAGGCAUGUCCGACUUCAACUACCUGCACAGCAACUGCUUCGAGAUCACGGUGGAGCUGGGCUGCGUGAAGUUCCCCCCCGAGGAGGCCCUCUACACGCUCUGGCAGCACAACAAGGAGCCGCUCUUGAACUUCGUGGAGACGGUGCACCGGGGCAUCAAAGGGGUGGUGAUGGACAAGUUUGGCAAGCCAGUCAAAAACGCCCGCAUUUCCGUCAAGGGCAUCCGCCACGACAUCACCACAGCCCCAGACGGUGACUACUGGCGACUGCUGCCCCCGGGGUCCCACAUAGUCAUCGCUCAGGCCCCGGGCUACUCCAAGGUCGCCAAGAAGGUCACCAUCCCCGCCCGGAUGAAGAGGGCCGGCCGCGUGGACUUCAUCCUGCAGCCUCUGGGCCCCGGACCCAAGAAGUUCCCGCAGGGCGCGGGGAGGGGCGGGCCCGGGCUGCGAGACCCGCCCGCGGGUGCCGGCCCCCACGGGGAACCCGAGGAGCCGGGCCAGGAGCCCCUCGGGGCGCGGAGGCAGCCUGGCGCCGGCGGGAGCAAGCCCUGGUGGUGGUCCUACUUCACGUCGCUGACCGCGGACAAGCCGCGCUGGCUGCUCAAGUACUAGGGCCUCCGGCCGAGCGACGCCAAGGCCCCCCCCACUCCGCCCGGGCCCGGGGCUCCUGGCUCUUGAUUUCGUCUCACAGAUGCCCUGUAAAGCCGUUCCCUUCCAUUAAAGUGUUUCUGUUCACCUCC